AACCACUUCCGGCUGCGAAACAUGGCGGCGGCCAGGGUCAGGACCAUAUUUGGGAGUGGGACAGGACUGCACUUCCGUUGAGGGGCCGCGCUUCCACUAGCCGGUGCCGCGGGCUGUGGGGCAUGGGGUCCCGCCGCCUGGCGCUGGCGCGGCUGCACGGGCUCUUCGCCGUCUACAAGCCCCCGGGGCUGACAUGGAAGCACCUGCGGGACACCGUGGAGCUGCAGCUUCUGAAGGGUCUCAAUGCUGGGCAGGCUCCUGCCCCCGAACAGCGUGUUCGUUUCCUCCUGGGCCCCGUGGAAGGCAGUGAAGAGAAAGCGCUUACCCUCACAGCCACCAGUGUGCCCGCUCUCGCCAACCAUCCGCUGGUUUGCGGGCCAGCAUUCACCAGCUUGAAGAUUGGCGUCGGACACCGGCUAGAUGCCCAGGCGUCUGGGGUGCUAGUGCUUGCCGUGGGACACGGACGCAGUCUCCUCACCGACAUGUACAAUGGUCACCUCACCAAGGAUUACACGGUGCGCGGCCUCCUGGGCAAAGCCACAGAUGACUUCUGUGAGGACGGGCGGCUGGUGGAGAAGUCCACGUAUGACCAUGUGACCAGAGAGAAGCUGGACCGAAUCCUGGCCCUGAUCCAAGGCUCCCAUCAGAAGGCCCUGGUGAUGUACUCCAACCUUGACCUACAGACCCAAGAGGCCUAUGACAUGGCCGUGAGAGGCUUGAUCCGGCCCAUGAACAAGUCCCCGAUGCUGAUAAUUGGCAUCCGAUGCCUCCAUUUUGCGCCUCCGGAAUUCCUCUUAGAGGUGCGGUGCAUGCACGAGACGCAGAAGCAGCUGCGGAAGCUGGUGCACGAGAUCGGCCUGGAGCUGAAGACCACGGCCGUCUGCUCCCAAGUGCGGCGCACGCGUGACGGCUUCUUCACCCUGGACGACGCCCUCCUGAGGACCCGGUGGGACCUACACAGCAUCCAGGACGCCAUCCAGGCCGCCGCUCCCCGGGUGGCAGUGGAGCUGGAGAAGAGCUUGAGGCCGGGGUGCUCCCCAACCCUAGCCGGUCCUGGGGGACCGAGCUCUGCCUCAGGGCUGGAGAACGAUGCUGGGCACUGAAGGGCCAGGCCACUGGUGGGGGAUGGAGAGGAUAAGCAUCGUUGCUGAGCUGCAGCUGAUAACUGUGCGGAACGCAAGAGUCGGCGGAAGCUUUUCAACAUGUGACAUGAAACUCCAAAGCUGUAAGAAAAAAGACCCACAGCCUUGAAACACUUGAAAAGGAAAAACUUCUUUACAGAGGAAAAGGUGAUAAACAAAUGACAGACCGUU